GUUUAUGUGGCAGCAUUCUCAAUUUCUGGUUAUGCUUGGGCAUCUUGGAGAAAUCGCUAUAAACCGUUCAACCCUGUUCUUGGAGAAACCUAUGAAAAUCACCGGGAAGACAGGGGAUUCCAUUACAUCAGUGAACAGGUUAGCCACCAUCCACCCAUCUCAGCCUGUCAUGCAGAGUCAGAAAAUUUUACUUUCUGGCAAGAUCAGAGGUGGAAAAACAAGUUUUGGGGAAAGUCGGUGGAGAUAAUCUCAACUGGAUUGGUCAACGUUUCCCUGCCAAGGUAUGGGGAUCACUACGAAUGGAAUAAGGCAGUGACCUGCAUCCACAAUGUACUGAGCCAACAACGCUGGUUGGAGCAUUAUGGCGAGGUGGUCAUCAGAAAUACAAAAAGUGACGUGUGCACCUGCAAGAUGACCUUUGUCAAGUCUCGCUAUUGGAGCUCGGAGAACAGUAAGAACGAGAUUCAGGGUGUUGUUUUGGACAAGGCUGGAGAGGUGGUCCAUCGUUUUGGAGGCUUCUGGCAUGAAGGCAUCUUCUGCGACACCAUGACUACACCAACCUGCAUCUGGAAGCCCAGUGA